CUAUUUUAUAAUUUGGUGACAACAUAUGUGAAUGUUGUUACUUGUUGCCACUGGCGCCGUCACGUUUGUAUCCCUCUCUGUUAACAGAGUGCUGUGUCGUUGACAGUUGACACUCUUCAAUUUCAAUUUCAAUGGAACCCAUUUGCCCUAUUACCUCCACUUCUGCCAAUGAAAUCUCUGCUCUUCUCUCUCCUCCCUCACCUCAUCAACUUCAGGAAUAUUACCACAACGUUUUCUCUACAAGGCACUGCAGUGACAUCACAAUUAAACAAGAUGACAACUCUGGAAAAGGUGUGUAUGCUGCAAUAGACUUCAAAGAGGGGGAACUUGUUCUUAAGGACCAAAUGCUUGUUGGGACUCAACACUCUUCUUUGCAGAUUGAUUGUUUUGUUUGUAGCUUUUGCUUUCGUUUUAUUGGUUCAAUAGAAACUCAAAUUGGAAGGAGACUUUACUUGAAUGAAUUAAGGGCCAAUGAGAGUCAUGGUUGCGAUGAAGGAAGUUCCUCAAACUCUUUGAGAAAUUGUGAUGAAAUGGAUUCAACUGAUGAAGAUGAGAGCACUAUGCGAUGUAGUUCUGGUAGUUCCAAAACUAAAGUUCCUCUACCUGAUGGUGUCGUGGAAUCAUUGAUGAAUGGACAAUUGAGAUUGCCGUGCACUGAGAAGUUCUCCUUGCCUCCAUCUGUUCCAUGCCCUAGUGGAUGCGGAGAAGCUUACUACUGCAGCAUGUCAUGUGCAGAAGCUGAUUGGGAAUCCUCCCAUUCUUUACUCUGUACUGGUGAGAGUUCCAAUCCGAGACGUAGGGAGGCGCUCCUAAAUUUCAUGAAACAUUCUAAUGAAACAAACGAUAUAUUCCUCCUUGCUGCAAAGGCCAUUUCUUCUACGAUAUUAAGGUACCACAAGUUAAAAGCAAAUAGUCUUGCAGAGAAAGGGAAAUAUGAUGCAUCUUGUGUUUUUGACCACUACAAUUUCUCUCUUCUUUUGGAAGCUUGGAGGCCUAUAUCAAUGGGAUACAAGAAAAGGUGGUGGGACUGCGUUGCAUUACCAGAUGAUAUUGAUUCUUCCGAUGAAGCGUCAUUCAGGAUGCAAAUAAAAGAGUUGGCAUUUGAGUCUCUCCAAAUUCUUAAGACGGCAAUAUUUGACAAGGAAUGCGAGCCAUUGUUCUCCCUUGAAAUCUAUGGACAUAUCAUUGGCAUGUUUGAGCUGAAUAAUCUUGAUUUGGUGGUUGCUUCUCCCGUGGAGGAUUACUUUUUAUACAUAGAUGAUAUGAUGAAUCCUGAUAAGGAGGAAGCUGAGAAAAUUACACAACCAAUUCUAGAUGCUCUAGGUGAAGACUAUUCUAUCUGUUGCCAAGGAACUGCAUUUUUUCCUUUGCAAAGCUGUAUGAACCAUUCCUGUUGUCCUAAUGCCAAAGCUUUCAAAAGAGAUGAGGAUAGAGAUGGCCAAGCGACCAUAAUUGCACUGAGGCCCAUCUCUAAAGGAGAAGAGAUAACUAUUUCAUAUGUUGAUGAGGACCUUCCGUUUGAGGAGAGACAAGCAUCCCUUGCAGAUUAUGGUUUUAGAUGCAGAUGUCCAAAGUGCAUUGAAGAAGAGACAUAACGCUAUGCUAUGACCCCAUGGAAAACAUUCAUACACAACCUAUCACUUGGUUAAAAUGCAAGGAAAAGAGGAAAAAUGCAAGGUUCAACAAUGAAUUUUACCAUGCAGCUUCUCCACUCUCCAAUAUUUUGUUUCCUACAUUCAUUGAUUAAUGUUAUAAUAUUAGUCAUGCAACUUUUAGCAAGAUUGUUGAGUUAACUUUUAAACACUUAUCAGUUUCCAGUUCUAGAUCAUAUGUACUCUUUCUUUAAUAAACUCUUAUAAGUUUAAGUCCAUUUUGAUAAAA